CCAAUCAAACGUGGGCGGGGUCAGUGGGAGUUACUCGGCUGAGAGUAGAGGCGACGGAGCUGUCAAACACCAACAAUCGUCUGAAAUAUUAUCCCGUGCGGUAGAAAAGACAUCGUACUUUGCUCUUUUGUGGAAACAAGCACGACAGAAACAGACUUGGAGUUCACUUUGAGAAUUCGGCAUUUGAAGUUUUAAACCGUCGCGACGAAAAACUUCCUGUUUUGUGUGUGUUGGUGGAUCUUAGCUCUUUGCUUGGCUCGAGUUUUGUUGACAAACUAGCCAGGCAGCUAGUCACUGAGCUAGCUGCGUUACCAACUUUGCUGUUUCGGGGUUCGCUUGUCGUUUUCGAUAAAUGCUACGUUACCCGGGAAAGGCAUGGGGCCCAGCUUGAACUGUUCUUGUAAACAUCUCCAUGAAAUAAAAACAGGUCUCCAAGGGCUCACUAUACAUCUGUCAAACAUGUGAAAACCCUCUCAUCUUGGUGGACUCCCCAGUUACAAGCAGUGAGGAACUGGACUAGUAGGAGACAUCUUGGAUCCAGCCAGGGUGUGUCACCAGGGGUGCCCUAAACAAAAAUUUAAACUGAAGUCUUAUGUGCGUGAAGUAUUUUCUCCCAGGACACGUACUGAGUAAAUUCUGUGCUGCCGUGGAACCCUCGGCACCAUUAAAACAAUCUAGUCCUCUUGUCAUGUGGGUACAUUACAGAAAAAGCCCCAUAUUACCCUCACUGGUAUCACCAUCUUUUACAUCACUAUGGACCGGAAUAAACGCAACUCCAUCGCUGGGUUUCCUACACGACCUGAACGUAUCAACGAGGACAGAGAUGGUAUUGGAGGGGUAGGGGUCGGCGAGAUGGGCAUGGGCUUGCCCUCACAGGUGGGCAGGGUGUGGCCAUCAUCCUACAGAGCCCUCAUCAGUGCCUUCUCCUGUCUUACACGCCUUGAUGACUUCACCUGUGAGUGGAUUGGCUCUGGAUUUUUCUCUGAUGUCUUUAAGGUACGUCAUCGAGCUUCAGACCAAGUUAUGGCUCUGAAGAUGAACAAGCUCAGCAGCAACAGAGCUAACAUGUUGCGAGAGGUCCAACUAAUGAACCGGCUUUCCCAUCCAAACAUACUCAGGUUCAAGGGAGUGUGUGUCCAUGAGGGCCAGCUUCACGCUCUGACAGAGUACAUCAAUGGUGGAAACCUGGAGCAGCUUCUAGACAGCAACAAACACCUGAGUUGGCCAACAAGGGUGAAACUGGCUUGUGAGAUUGCCAGUGGCCUGGCCUACUUGCAUUACAAAGGCAUAUUCCACCGGGACCUCACCUCCAAGAACUGCCUGAUCAAAUGUGAUGACAUCGGCUACACAGCAGUGGUGGGAGACUUUGGCCUUGCAGAAAAGAUCCCCACCAAUCUUGCUGAAGGAGAGAAGCUUUCAGUGGUUGGUUCUCCUUUCUGGAUGGCUCCAGAGGUGCUGAGAGAUGAAUCCUACAACGAGAAGGCUGAUGUAUUCUCCUAUGGUAUAAUCCUGUGUGAGAUCAUUGCAAGGGUCCAGGCUGACCCUGACUUCCUCCCCCGCACAGAGAACUUCGGCCUGGACUAUCACAUGUUUCAGCACAUGGUUGGAGACUGUCCGCCUGACUUCCUCCAGCUGGCUUUCAACUGCUGCAAUAUGGACCCAAAACUCCGUCCAUCCUUCCCAGACAUCGUCAGGCACCUUGAGGAGAUUCUCGCACGCCUUAAAGUUGAAGAGAUGGUGCACGAGUGUGUCCCACUCAGUGGGGACAACGACAGGAAGACCAUACCCAAAGGUGAGAAGAUCCAGGGCUUCAAGCGACUGAACCCUCUCGGUUUUCAGGAUGAUAAAAUCCCUCCGAAAUCACCCCGCCCCCGGCGAAACAUCUGGCUCAGUCGCAGCCAAUCAGACAUCUUCUCCUGCAAACCAGGAAGAAAAGUCAACGUCCAGGACCCUUAUUAUAACCCCCCCACCGCUCAGCGAGCCUCUAAGGCCCACAAGAUCAACCCGUUCACCGCCCGAGAGGACCUGUGUGGGGGCAAGAUCAAGUUCUACGAUGUGCCCAGCAAGUCUGUCUUCUCGCUGAUGUUUGACCUUCACUCACCUCCGGGGAGUGUGUUCAGCAACCAGCCGUCUGCUCAUGGACCUGGAGGACCCCAACAGGGGGCGUCUUACUACUGGCAGCAGCUUCCAGGAAGGAGGUGUCACUCCUUACCAGUUUCCCCCCAACUGCCCCGCUCCGAGUUCUUCCACCUCGCUGCUGCUGUUAGCUCCACUAACAACGGUUCUGUUACUUGUAACUCCAGCCAUCUCUCCACAACGCUGCCAGGCCUGAUGGGAAAUGACGUCCAACAGAAGGCACCGCUGAAUGUCUGGGCGAAGAAAUACGUCGUGGUGGAGAUCCCACCUUACUGCAGGCAGAGAGGAGGGGAGGAGGAUGGAGAGGUAGAGGAGAGGAAGGAGGCAAACGAGGAGGAUGAGUUUGGGGAGAGCUGGUCUCCGAUGGUCCCCAGCGGUGAGAGAGAGAGAGACAGUGGAGAGGCGAUGGACUGCUCCAGCAGCCUGGAGGAAGAGGAGGAACGACAGAGAGGGACAGACACCUGCCCCAUGUAACACAAAUGUAAAUCCAGAGACACACACACAGAGGAGGUGGUGGAUUUGGACAAAAGAGGGGGAUUUUUACUCCUGGAUGGAGGACAUGGAGGCAGUGGGAACUAGUUUUUAAAAGAAGACUGGACACAUUUCAAAGAUUUCGGAAAAAUAAAUCGUAAAAAGAAAAGAAAAAGCACUUAAUUUUUAUCUUUCAAGUGAAUAUAUCACAUGUUGAUUAAUAAACCAAGCACACCUGAUGUAGACAAAUAACUAUCUUUCAAAGAUAGUAGCACCCAGGUGUGACAAGUCUCCAUUUAGCACAGAAGAAAAAGGUUUUAUCAACACAAUGGACACCCGGGAUAGAGAUUAUUUUUUUGAGAAGGUUGUUUAUAUUUAAUAUUGUGAGAUGAUGUAGAUUUUUUUCCUUUAAAAGUUUCUUAUAUUAGGCGUCUUGUCUAUGACAAGGGGUAUUGAAGAUCCCUUGUGUUGUGUAUGUGUGAGUGUUUAAAAAUCAAAGCUUGUGUGUGUGAUACUGUUCCCCUUGUGUUCUAGACAAAUGUUUAUACUAAAUAAAAAAAAUCCCAUAUUUUUCUGAAUAACGAGGCUAAUAUUCAGAUGAGAAAAUUAGAGGUGAUUUCUAAUAACUGAGUGUCUGACAAACAACACUCACGAGACAGAUGUUAAACCAUCCUAGCAACCCAGAACUAGACUGCAGUGGUAAAAUAUUUUACACCAACAAGUCUCCUCCAACUAAUUCACAGGGAACUCUGCCUAGCAACAGCAAGUGAAUUUAGAGAGGAGAUGGUUUUAUUUAGGAUUUCAUUUCAUUACAUUUGAUCUAAAAAACCCUAAAGGUCAGAUUGUAUUUUUCAGCACUGUCAAUGAGUCCAUGACUGUUGCAUUGCCUUUAUGAGCUCUUAAAGGACCACACCGGUGAUUUUAUCAACUUUUAGCCCACUAAUUAUAAGUACAGCAGUCUGGUAGCCACUUGAUGACAUAGUGGUCUUUUUGUUUGGUCAGAGGCUCUAUAAGACAAACUAACACCAUUCAACAGUCAAAGCAGAGCGUUCACAAGCACUGUUGUCAAAUCCAGAACACAAAACUGUAGGCAAACAUGGACGUUGUAAAAAGGACCUUGUAAUGUUUUUGUAUUUAAAAGUUGUUGUUUGAAAGCCAACUUUCAAUCCCAGAUGUCAGAGUUUGCUUGAAUGCACCACAAGUUUUCAAAACAGCCCCCUCUUGCAACUCUCUUAACAUGCAAUGAUGAUGAAAUAAAAAAAAUUUUUAAAAACAUUUCUCUAUGAUGAGUUAUCACUCUAAAUUCUAAAUCUAAAGUUUAAAGCAAGACUAUGUAACUUUUGAAAGACAAAACAACACAAUCUUCCUCUUACAAAUUAAAAGUUGAAAUAAAACUUACUCACUUCAAUAUGCUCAGGGAUUUAGCCAUACUUGGUCUGGUGUGACCAGUAGCUUAAUGUUAGGAAAGUUUAGAUGUUGUGGUGUAACUCGCAUUACUGAGUCAUUUUGUUGAUUUUAUCUCCUUUUGCUACUGUUAAGUGCAACACACACCAUUUGUGUCACCUUGCAGAGUUAAGAUUAUUUUUUUUUUGAUCAAAAUACAGUUUCCAAGGGCAAGAAUGCACUUUGACCCACGAGAAUAUUUUCAUUAAAGCAACUCACCUUAGAAAAUCUUCAGAAAAUCAAUGUGCCAUCAUGCUGUAAUUGCCACUUAUGGCCACAGUGGCUGCUGUUCUGCAAAAGUUGCAUAGUCUUGUUUUAAAGUCAAAACCGAAAUUCAUAGAAAGUAGGAGCUCCCUGAGCAUGGGAAAUCAAUCUUAUGUCAAACUUAUAAUAAAGACAAGCAGUAAUGUAAAUUAUACAUGAACUAUGUACAAAAAAAGGACAAUUCACUGUGUCAAAAUGCUGCAGAUAUGUCCUGACAACAACGUGUCUUCCAACAAGUUGCUAUGAGCUCAUUGUUUCAACGUGAUGCUGGUGCUGAGAUGAGGAGAGGCUUUCCUGGUCUGACCAUGCAGUGUAUUCGGCCUGCUACCCUCAAUUUGUACUACCCCCUGCACAAGAGGAAGUCAAAAUGUCAUAUGGUUAAUAUGAGUAUACAAAAUCCCCACUAGAUUUAAUUCAAUCUCAACUCUAGCAUCUUAAAGAAAAAAGAAACCGGUGAACUUUACUUAAACUCAAAAGACGGAAUUAUUUUACUUAAAAGGAGCACAUGACUCAGUCUCACAGAGUACAACGUUGGGUUGGAUGAAUAAUCUUUUGAUUUGAGAGAAACAACGCAACUUGGUCUUUCACUUCUUUCCAUUCAGAUGAGUGGAAAACUCCUGUUUUGUGAGGAAAAUAUCCAAACCAGACAGAGCUGAGCUGAGCUGAGCAGUGUUUGAAAAAACAUCUAAACAUAUACAAAUGUUUGUUCCAUCACAAAUUAUUAGUACUAGAUAAAUUUAACUUUGGGGUAAAUUGUUCCUUCAUGUUUUUCCUUGAAAAGAUAGUACAAGUUGAAGUGGCAAGAUUUAACUUAAAAUUCACUGUAUAUUUCCUUUUAAUUGGAGCAUAUUUCCUGUAAUUCGAGAUUUCCUUCCAAACUGAAGCUAAAUGCCUCACAGCAAGAACUCUGAAACACUCCCUUAUGUGGUUGCUGCUAACAUUUGGUUCCAUUUGUCUUUUUAAAUUUGUGGUCUCAUGUCAUUUUCAACUUUAAUUAACACACUCCAGUGAAUAUCUGAAAUAGACUUUCUGUUUGAUGUUUUGUGGUCCACUCUACUUUGCUUCACUGAUAUGGAAGAGGUGAGAUUAGCGAGUAUGUCGCAGGUUGGGGUAAAGGCAUUUCCUCUUCUUUUAUCAUUGAGUCACAUUGACAAAGUUUGUUUAACAUCAAAACCGUUUUCAGUGUUCCUCUGAAUGUUUUCAGUGUACAAACUAAAUGACUGUUCUGAAAUUAGAUUUAUAUUUGUUGAACGUGAACCGUGUUUGCCUCUGCUCCAGCACUUCCUUAUGAUGCUCGUUACAUUCUGCUGAUCUCAGUCUGUUCACUUCAAUAGGAACUAAAAUGCACUUGUACAGUGAUAUAUACAGUGAUCUCCUCCGAACUACUUAUCACUACUUCUCUAUGCAACCAAUGUAACUUUUAUGACACUGUUUUACAGUAUAAAUGAUCUGAUUUGAUAUUUAUGAGAAAACCUUUUUGAUGUCUUACCUUUGUAUAUUUGUGUAAAAAGUUUGUUACCUGCUUUGCUGUUUUUGCUGAUCGAAUAACAAAGCUGUCCCUUUGAGAGAG